CUUGACUUCAACUUCCUCUUGAUGUGGCUAAAAUUUACCACUUGAAACUUCUGGGGUGAAGUUUGCUUUCAAACAGCAGAAAUCUACACAGCAUCAUGUUGAAGUGUUCUAACAUCAUGAAGAUCAUGCAGCUUCAUCUUUAUUUGCUCAUAUGGUGUCAAUCUGCAGAGACUUUAACAGACCAACUAACAGAUUUAGGUCAAAAUGUGACUAUAAACUGUGAUGUUGAUGUAAAGGAGGUUAACUGGUUAUUACUGAAACUACCAGAUCCUCCAUUUAUGAUAUUACGCACUUCCACAACUUCAGCUACUUUUUACUACAAUAAAAUAUUUAGACAAAAAUAUUCAGUGCAAAGUAAACAUCGUCUGUUCAUAAAUAAUGUCACUCUUGAUGAUUUAGGACUUUAUUACUGUGUGACCACAGACUCUCCUCCAAAAUACAGCGAUGGCACCAGACUACACAUCACUGAUCCAACUCUAAAUCUAGAUAGCAAGAAUUACACUGUGGGGAAUCAUACAGUGGUGAAGUGCAUUGAGAAGGAUCAGUCUCAUUUGCUUAUUAUCCUCAUAUCUGCUGUGUUUAAUGGAGUUCUAAUCAUUGUGAUCAUAGGACUAGUAAAGGUGUUUGUUCUUGGAAGCAAGAGAACCAGAGACGACUUGAAACGAUCUCAAGAUCCUCAUCUACAACAGCCUCAAGUUCUGGAUCUUGAACAACCACAAAUCUUAAGCCAAGUGCAGUUCACUACAGCAGACGUUUCCACACCAUGUACAAGGUUUCAGCCUCGUGAAAUUAACAGCACAUAUGCACUUCUAGAGCGGCCAGAAUGAGUAAUACAUAAUAGCAUCUGACCCUUUUAGUUCAUUUCUCGUUUCAUUAUGUGUAGAUCCCUUUCAUCAGCAUAUUUAGCUCACUAUAUGUUUUUGACCCCAAGGAUUGGGGUUUCAUUUAGUAUAGCAUGAGCGUUCAUGUGAAUUGUAAGUUGUGCUUAUCACAUAUUUAUCUUAGAUGUCACAUAGUUAAAUGUUAUAACUUGUCACGUUAACUCUGUGUUUUGAUUCCUAUUUUUUUGAGCUUGCAUAAUGAACAAUUACAUUGGCAGAAAUACUGCUUAAUGCUAUAAUGUUAAUAAGUUUUGAUUUGAUUGGUGUUUGAAAAAUUUUGAGUUUGCAAUCAGAUGUUGUAGCUAUAGGCUGUAAGUUAAACAACAGAACAACAAAGUUAUUUAUGAUACACUUUGUGUAUAUGUUCAUAAAGUGUUCAUGCUGCCUUAAAAUAUUAUGUUUAACUCAAAUAUCCACAUUUUCAUG